ACACGUCACUGACGUGCACCACGAGUCCACCACUAGUAAUACACAGUCACUGGUAUUUCCUAGUUGCUGUAGUUGGACGAUGAACACACUGCUAUAAUCAAACUACUUUAUUGAUCAAUAUGGCAGAUGUAGGCUGGGGAUGGUUGGAACAAUAUGAACAAUUUGGUCGUCUUGGUGAUCACAAACAUGAUUUUGAAACCAUAACAUUUGUGGAAGCAAAGACUAAAUAUUCAUCAUUCAUGCAUGCAUCUCAUGGUAUGAUAUUUGCCAAAGAUGAUAGAAUAUUGUGGAAGCUAUAUAAAGCAAAAGCUGCAGUUUUGAUGCAGCUGCGAUUUGACGGAGUGUUUGGUUUUCCUGGGGGCCUCGUUGAGCCAGGGGAGGAUCCAGUUGAUGGGUUGAACCGAGAAAUGGAGGAAGAAAUUGGUCUGGAUUUGAAAAAACACAGUUUCUUGGACAGUGACCACAUCGCUUCGUUUGUUAAUUCAGAAAAAUCUUUGGUGCUGCAUUUCUUUUUGAAAGAGGUGACAUUGGAGGACUUCUGUGUCCUGGAGAUGAACAACUUAAGGGCACCAGAAUAUGGCACUGAGACAUAUGGUGUAGUUCGUGUUCCCCUAUUCACCAUGGGUGAUGGUGUGCGAGGAUUUCCAGCAUUUUUAGCCAACCAUUUCGCAGGCAAUGCCCGGGAGGAGCUGUUGAUGGCACUAAAACAUUGUAACAUUUUAACAGUACAGGAAAUACAGACUGCACUUGUUUCUUCAGAAGAGUUUGUGACGAGUGUUCGAUCUUGAAAGAGUUAACAACUGAUUGUUAGGCUGAUAGUAACAUGUUCAAUAUAACUGAGAAUGAACAUGUUUAUGUUUGAGUUCAUAAAAACUAUGAAUAUUG